GUUAUCCUUAAUUAUUUGCCCAGCAUGUGUAUGAAUUAAGUCAUCACACUUCAAAUUUGACCUUAUGGAGGCUCCACUAAAAGAUAAAGAAAACGGAAAAAACACAACGAACAUGGUAACAAGUUUAAGCUACCAUUAUUCUGAACUUUGCGGAAUAACAACUUAGCACGCUAUUGAUCAUGUGGACCUUCAAACCUAAUAUUGAUUACUUAGACGCUAAAGUGAUUGCUGAUUGAUUACUUAUAUAUCAUCACAUCAUUAGCCGGAGGAGGAAGAAAGAGAAUAAAGACCAUGGUUCAUGUUCCAUGAACCUCCCGUCAUCCUAAACUUUAAUUUGGUGGACAAAAGUUUGGUUACAAACAUAAGUACAAAACUACAGAGAAAUCAUAGGGAUCCGAGCCCCCAGGGUUCCCCCUCGGAUUAAAUUCUAAAGAAGAAUGUUUCUAAUAAGCUUAAGAAGGACGAUACCAUCUGGCUUUUUUUUAUAUUUUUCCCUCGGCCAUUUCCCAGGUUGGAAUUGGGAAAGGAAGAAGAAAUCGUCAAAAAAAAAAAGAAAACCUUAAUUCUACCUUCAAGAAGAAAUAUUUACUUUCUUUGGAGCUGAAAUGAGACCUAAAAAUUUGACCUUUGCGUCGAACCUGGCAUCAAUUUAGGGUUUCAGAGACGAAAUCGACGGAAGAAGGGAGGAAAAGGAGAAGGCGAAGGAGGAGUGGGAGAAGAGAGCGGGGAAUUCAUUCCUCUUUUCUGCGGCUGGAAUUAAAGGGGCUUUUGGGGAAUUAAAAUGCCCCCUUUUUGGUGGAUGCUCGGCUUGUUGCCUUCGUGAGUGGCCCCACCUCUCGUCGGAUCCGAUGGCUGGGAUCCAGUCUCGGAGGCGAGGCCUCCGGUUUUGACCGCUUUCCAUCUCGCGCCAUUGGACCCUUCUGCGAUCGUGUAUUAAAGCUCGAGUUCCUCCCCUCCUCUGGAACGAUCCCUUCGGACUCGGCCCUCUUCUAAGUUAUUUGUUGCAGAACUGAAGGAGCCCUGUAUCUUUAGGUUGAAGGUGGCAUCUUUCUCACAGACAUUUGCAUCCCGAAAUGGAUGGUUACAUGGGUAGGAAAACUGCCAUGGGGCUUGUUUUUUCUAGAGGAGGCUCUAGCCUUGCUUUUAGAGAACAGAACUUUGAGGAUGGAAGCAUCAAGUAUUGUAAUCGAUUAGGAUGCAGCACUAGGCUUUACUCCAUGAAUGGUAUCCAAACUGGCAAAGCAGAAAAGGUCAAAUAUUCGAGGGGUUCUUUUCACUCUAUGAACAGCAAGACGAUUACUGGAAGCUCUACUACAUCAUUUCAUGCCUGUGACCUUAGAAAGACCCAUCAAGAGCGACGGAGACAAACAUCUUUGCAAGGGAGAGAUAUUGCAGAGACCCGUAAUAGGCAGAGGGAGACUGAAGAUUUGGACUGCGAAGGCAGAAGAUGGGAGGCAGACGACUUGGAAUAUCAUAGCAGACAGGGCGAGCCAGAAGAUUCUGAAUCCAUUCACAUAACUAGAGGCAAUCAGACUGUAUUUUCUGAUCCUGAUGAAUUUGGACCUGUAAAUCUUCAAGGGUUUUCUGGAAAUGCAGCUGAAGCACUGGGAGGCUGCAGCACUAGAUUGAGUUCAAGAGCAUGUAAUCAAGUCCGCCAACAAUGCAGAUAUGGUGAUCAGGGAACCUCUUCAAGUUCCUCCACUAGGAAUUCUUUGACAUUCAGAAACACCAGCCAGCCUGCUAAACAUGCUUCGAGAGGUGGGGGACUUGAGUCAAAGAAGUACAAUCUCAAACAUCUUCGGUCCACACCAUCAGAUAUUGUUCCAUCAGGUUGUUCUUCCUCCGAUUCUAGUGUUAACAGAAGGGUUAGCACACUAAAAAAGAGAUCUGCAAAUGCAGGGAAUUUGUCAGCAAGAGGCCAAAGCAAGGGUGCAUCCUUAAGUGGAGCAAAUUUGGGUUCUUCAAACAGAGGUUCUUCUGUCUGUGGCCUCUCUCUUCCAGGGCAUUCGAUGCCUCAACAAGCUUUAAGCAGGACUGGUGCAAUCUCGGUAAGAACACGCUCACGCCGGGCUCCUAGUGGGGUGACUAGAACAAGGUUAUCAGAAGAAAGAGAUUACUCUUUUUCAGCACCUGAGGCUGUAGCAAUUGCUCAAAUGCCUCAGACCCAUUUUUCUGCAUCUUUAGCUGUUCCUGAAAGUUCAUCAAGAUCAUCUUUCAUUGAAGUGCCUCUGAUUUGCCACGAUAUGUAUGGAAGACAUGGAUCUAGCCAUUGUACUGGUCAAAGUAGUCCCAUUGCUCAACCUGGAGAUAGCAGCGCACAAACGUUCAAUGUCCCUAUGGGAGACGGAAAUGGCUACCAGCACUUUAACCUGGAAGGAAAUGCAGAGGUUUUAUUGCCACUGGAGAGGAUUGAACAGGAUGAGGAAUUAACUUCUGAGCAACUAUUGGUGCUAGGGAUGAAUUUGUUUUUGGAUGGCCUGAACUUUCAUGAUCAACACAGAGACAUGAGGAUGGACAUCGAUAAUAUGUCAUAUGAGGAAUUGUUAGCCCUGGGGGAGAAAAUGGGCACUGUCAGUACAGCCCUCACAGAAGAAGCAUUAUCAAAAUGCCUUAAAAGAAGCAUAUAUAUGCCUGCUUCUCUAGUCUCAGGGUUCACUGGCUAUGAGGAGGAUAUCAAAUGCAGCAUUUGCCAGGAAGAGUAUGUUGUCGGAGAUGAGGUGGGCAAGUUGGCAUGCGAGCAUCGUUACCAUGUAACCUGCAUCCAUCAGUGGCUUCGACAGAAGAACUGGUGCCCAAUCUGCAAAGCCUCUGCAUGUCCAGUCUCCUGAAACCCUUGUAGCUUAACCACUAUGACAAGGGUAUCUGAACUUACCUGUUCGCAGCUCUCUCCUGUCUUUGUAAAUAACAUCAUCUUUCAUGUUUUUAUGGAAUAAUGUAUACAAAUAGUGGGGCCUUCUCCAAAUUAUUAUUCUUGUCCCAAUUGUGAACAAAAAACUGUGUUUUAUUUAAGGAAGGAAAAAUGCUGUCAACAGGAAAUCUUCUUAUAUGGGCUUCAUGCUCC